AUGCUGCAUGUUACAGGAGUGAAGGCUUCACACAAACUUGCUUCAAAUGAUCUAAAUAGAAUGGCCAAGUACAAAACCAUGAUUGAAAAUGUUGGUUCAAAGCUGUGUAUGGAUGGGGCAGUGAUUGCAGCACUUAUCUCUCGAGAAUCCCGUGCCGGAGCUGUUCUAAAGAAUGGAUGGGGUGAUGGUGGAAAUGGCUUUGGACUAAUGCAGGUUGAUAAACGUUAUCACACGCCAGUAGGAGCCUGGGACAGUGAAACACACAUCAGUCAGGCAACAAAGAUUCUCACAAAUAUGAUUAAUGCAAUUCAGAAGAAAUUCCCUAAAUGGACCAAAAAUCAGCAGCUGAAAGGUGGCAUUUCUGCGUAUAAUGCAGGUGCUGGAAAUGUCCAGACAUAUAAUGGCAUGGAUAUCGGUACUACUGGAAAUGACUAUGCCAAUGACGCUGUGGCCCGAGCACAGUACUACAAAAACAAUGGAUACUGAAAGACUUAAAUAGCUUUCUUUGAGUCAGCAGAUCAUGUUUCUAGAUAUUCAUCUCGGUCACUUUUUAAGGACACAGUUUGCUAUGCAUUGCAUCUAUAAGUUUUAAUUAAUAUGUAGAAGUUUAUCCUGCUAAUCUAUGCAAAAUCAAAUAUGCUUAGUUCCUACUGAAAUAAAUUGUAUAUAUUAAUGUACCA